AUGCAACCUCCCGAAUCCUUCGAGACUCUUCUGAAGGUGAAAAUAUUGCAACGUUUCUACACGGAAAACCACGGCAUUGUAGGAAACUUCAUGUACAACCAGGAACUUAAUGUCUACUUCAAGAUGGCGGCGAGCGAGAGCAUAGAGCUACAUUGGUGGAACCAGGCGAAGCCAAUUUGGGUCAGCGCCGUACGACGAAACCUAAUUGUCGACAUGCACUGGUGGGACGGCUGCCAGGUGAAUUUCAACGGGACCAAGCCAAACUUUUGUACCGAGUACAAGGGCACCUGGAGCACAGUGAACUCGGAAACAAAAUACCUUGUGGAGAAGUCACUCAAAGCGAUGAAGAAGAGUUCCUUUGACAUGGCAAUGUUCUAUUACGAAGGCCCCGACAGUGCAGGUCACGGCUAUGGCCCUGAUUCAAAAGAGACGCACCAAACCGUUGACGACUUUGAUGGGAUAUUAAAGAGCGUCCACGCACAAGUGAAGACACUGGGUAUGGAAGAGCAGGUGAAUAUCGUAAUUGUUUCCGACCACGGAAUGACCAAUACAAAUAAAGAGGCAAUAAAAACAAUCGAUAUAGACUUGCUUGCUGACCCCGAUGAAAUUCACAUUAUGCUGGAUAUUGGGCCACUUUCUAUGGUGUAUCCUAAACCUGAUAAAGUAAUCAAAGUAUAUGAGUCCAUAAAACGGAAGCAAGUCAAAGGUCUCAGGGCUUACCUAAAAGAAGACAUGCCAGAAGAGUGGCACCUAAAAAGAAAUCGCAAUGUCGGUCCGAUUGUGCUGAUGGCAGAUGUCGGAUACUACAUCUUGCCGGUGACAUUCCCGAAAAAGUCGACCCCCGAACAUCGUGCAGUUCCUGCGGGGAGUCAUGGCUACGAUGCGAACUCUACAGACAUGUGGGGAACAUUCUACUCUAGCAGCCCAGCGAUACUUCACGAAAGUAAAAAAGUGCCAGCAUUGGUAAUGGUGGACGUCUACAAUGUGCUUUGCUACAUGCUUGGUGUUGUACCACUGCGCAACAACGGGUCAUGGGCUAGAGUGGAGGGCUUUAUACUUCCUGCUUACGACCAUGCAUUGUACCAAACAAUGCGAAAGCCGUGA